GGCUGCGGGAUGAAGCGAGCAGAGUCGAGGUCUUCAUGUCUCUUCUAUCUAUGGAUGUCGCUUUCCUGAGCCCGCUACACCAUAUAUUGCCCUUCAAGCAUGCCUGACAUUCGACCGGAGAAACCUCGCGAAUCGUAGUCUAGAGGAGUUGCGGUGGUUAUUAGUUCUAGGGAAAUCAAGCUGUACAAUGGCAGUGAAGGAACGUGUGGAGGCUGUGCUGAAUGUGGGACUGCGGGUUCCCAGUAUCAUGCUGCUGGAGGUGCUAUACCGUUGGGAUGUGAGCUCCUUCUUCCAGAAGAUCCAAAGGAGCAGUAUGAGCAACAACCCCCUCUUCCAGUAUAAGUACCUAGCCCUCUACCUCCACUAUGUUGGUUAUAUUCUUAGUCUGGUUUUGCUGACCCUGCCUCGUCAGCGUCUUGUUCAGCUCUACCUGUAUGUCCUCACUGCACUAUUGCUUUUCGCUGGACACCAGAUUUCAAGGGACUAUGUACGCGGUGAGCUGGAGUCUGGGUAUGAGGGCCCACUCUACUUGGAGCCUCUGUCUAUGAACCGGUUCACCACAGCCCUGAUCUGCCAGCUGGUCGUGUGUACUCUGUGCUCAUGCGUCAUGCAGACCAAGCGGAUCUGGCUCUUUUCAGCCCAUCUACUCCCCCUUGUGGCCAGAUUGUGUCUCGUACCUCUGGAGACCAUUGUGUUUGUUAACCGCUUCGCCAUGAUUUUCACUGGACUCGAGGUCAUCUACUUCCUAGCCUCUAACCUUCUCGUGCCCUUCAAUCUUGCCAAGACUGCAUACAGGGAACUGGCUCAGGUUGUGGAGGUGUAUGGGCUUCUGGCCCUUGGCAUGUCCCUGUGGAAUCAGCUUGUUCUGCCUGUGCUGUUUAUGUGCUUCUGGCUAGUUCUGUUUGCUCUGCAGAUUUACACCUAUUUCAGCACCCGAGACCAGCCCACUUCCAGGGAAAGGUUGCUUUUCCUUUUUCUCACCAGUAUUGCAGAAUGCUGUAGUACUCCAUACUCUCUGCUGGGGCUGGUGUUCACGGUGUCAUUUGUAGCUUUGGGUGUGCUCACUCUCUGCAAGUUCUAUCUGCAGGGCUACAGGGCUUUCAUGAAUGAUAACACAAUGCACAGGGGAAUGACUGAGGGAAUCACGCUGUUGAUUCUUGCAGUUCAGACGGGUCUAAUUGAGCUCCAGGUCAUCCAUCGAGCCUUCCUACUCAGUAUCAUUCUCUUCAUUGUGGUUGCUUCCAUUUUGCAGUCUAUGCUGGAGAUUGCUGACCCCAUAGUGCUAGCACUAGGAGCAUCCAGAGACAAGAGCUUGUGGAAGCACUUCCGAGCAGUCAGCUUGUGCCUGUUUCUACUCGUAUUCCCAGCUUACAUGUCCUACAUGAUUUGCCAGUUCUUCCACAUGGAUUUCUGGCUUCUCAUCAUCAUCUCCUCCAGCAUCCUUACAUCAUUACAGGUGUUGGGUACAUUGCUGAUCUAUGUGCUGUUCAUGGUGGAGGAGCUGCGCAAAGUGCCAAUGGAGAACAUGGACGAUGUGAUCUACUGCGUAAAUGGCACCUACCGGAUGCUGGAGUUUGUGGUGGCACUGUGUGUAGUGGCGUACGGUGUUUGUGAGACAGUCUUUGGAGAAUGGACUGUGAUGGGAUCCACCAUUGUCCUUGUACACUCUUAUUACAAUGUGUGGCUGCGGGCACAGCUGGGUUGGCAGAGCUUUUUACUCCGCCGUGACGCCGUCAACAAGAUCAAGAGCCUGCCUACUGCCACUGAACAGCAGCUGCAGCAACACAAUGACAUCUGUUCUAUCUGCUAUCAGGACAUGACUUCAGCUGUCAUUACACCAUGUAAUCACUUCUUCCAUGCCAACUGUUUAAAGAAGUGGCUGUAUGUGCAGGAGGCCUGCCCUCUGUGCCAUAGCCAGCUAAAAAGCUCAGCACAGCGGGAAGCAGGUAUGGAUGUGCCACCACAACCUGAUGCCACCAUCCAGGAGGCUCAGCCAAAAGCACCCGUGCCUGCCUCGACCUCAGCUGAGGUGCAAAGUGUUGCGAAAGUGGAAGCGGAGAUCAACACUUCUGCUGCCUCUAAGCUUCCUCUGGCCUCCUCUACAGGCUAAUAACUGGUCUUGCCAGGCUCUCAGACCAGAAAUGAGCCACACUCCUCUGAUGUCAUACUCAUACUCAGUAAAUGCUGGCCAAAGGAGGAAGAAUAUUUCUGAAUAUGGGAUUUGGUGGGUAGCAGUGUUUUUCUUGCGGUACCUGUAGGACCUUUGUGUCCAACAGACAUCCUUACAAUCAAACACUCCAUAUUAUGUAUUUUGUACUUAUCUGUAAACCUGUUGCUGCUUUUAUAACUUCCAUUUUUGUUAAUUGCAGUGGCGUUUUGCUAAUAGGAAUGCCUGAAAAGCUUGCAAACCUGCACCAGGUCCUUGUCAAUCCAAGGUCUAGAGGACUACAAACAGAAUCUAGACCUUACCAUCCUGAAUGUGACCUUUAGUGCACUGGUGCGCUAUAUGCACCCAGUACAUAUUCACUAGCACGCCUUUAGUAUUCACAAAGAUAAGUAGCUAUGCGUUUUUUUGUUCUGAGAUAUAUACAUACAUAUAUAUGCCACUGCAUUUGCACUAAUGUAAAACAAAAGCAAUGCUCCAAAGUUGUCUUGUCAGGUACCAAAUAUUUUGGUGUAUAUGCGCAUUGGAACAAGUUUUAGGUAUGAAACACAGUGUAAAUGUCUUUGUAAAACUGUUUUGAUAUGCAGAAGUAUGUGCAGACGUUUGUGUUAAGCAGCACCAGGAUGUGUGAAGUGGCUACGGCUUGCAUGAGCACUUUAAUGACCAUGUGUGGUCAAAGUGAGAAAAGCUAAAGGCCAUGGAUAUGAACUGGUGGCAGAAGAUGACCAAACUCCCUUUCAUCAGUAUUAUUUGGCAUUUAUUGCAUUUGUGAGCAUGAAUACAUUUAACAAUGUAUGAGCAAACUCAGCAAUGCCACUUUUAUUUAUUAGGCUGAAACUUGACUAAUUUUUACAAAAGGACAUUUGGCUUGGAGGGAAAGGAAUUUUUACUUUUAUUGAAGAGGGAUUUUUUAAAAGAAUGUUUCAGACAUAUUUUGCCACUAUAACUGAGAAUGAAUAGCCUGAUCCUUACAUCAUUCUGAUUCUGUUCUCUAUGUUGCUAUUUUACUACAUGAAUAUGUGAACUGAUGUCCUGAGCAAGCUGACUGCUGUUUGGACUGCAACUGAGCUCAGUAAAAUAUGCCUGAGGUUUGACAAUGAAUGUGCGAAUAAAUCAAAACCUACCA